GUUCUAUCAAACUUGCAUGAGUAAUGAUCGUAAUGUACGAGGUGGUAGGUAUAGCAAUGUGUGUAUGUAAGUACCUAUAUAGCAUGCAUACAUCACGUACUACUAUUUUAUGGCUAGAUUCUUUUUCUCUAGCCUAACGCAUUCCUCAGCUCCGCAACGUAUAGAUCCUCCGAAGGAUUUUAUGAUCGUACGUGUAAAGUGUGGAACCAUGUUCUGCGGCGAUUUAUUCGGUCUUGGUCUGUCCGGCGCGUGCAGAAUUUAAUGGAAAGUGUGAAAAACAUACGUCAUUAUUCGAUCUACUUGGCCACGGGAAAUAACGAAGAGAGUUUGAACAGUUCGGGAGAUAUUUUCACGAUUUGAGCUGAUUUUUGUGCAUGACGGUUAUCAGGGCAACAAUAACUAACGAUAGGCGUUCAAAUUCCGUUGAUAGAUUUAACGAACGUUGACGAGGAAACGAGAACGUGACGGAGGUAUGAGGAUGGGAAAAAGAGACUAGAAGUAGGGCUUGAAACCGCACAACGUCAUUUGAAGCGGCAUGCUGCUGCCUCAGCGUCUCUGGAGAGCGUUCGAUCCUGACUUCGGUUAAUAGUACAUACCUAGAUAUACGAACACAUACCUUACAAUAUACGUAUAUUGUCUACCUGUACAUCAAGUAUGUAUAUAGGUUGGUAAGGCAAUGGGGAAGACGAAGGGCCAACCGGGGAAGGUCGCCCCGCUUCAGUCUUCCCCGAGGACUGAAAUAAGCGCGCCUCAACCGAUAAGGUAUUAAUAUCAUUUCUGCAUCUGCAGGUGCCACGAGCAGCGAUCUUGUUAUAUAUUGCGGAAAAAUCGGAUCCGAAUAAUCUCCCGUUUAUCACGCUCCAUUUAGGGGUGAGCCGUCUCGAGAUAUCCCGAGUUUCGAAAGAGGAGCUCUCCAGGACAAUCCGUAAGUGUCGCGAAAUUGCAGGAUAUUUGCGGUACUUACUGGUAAUUCUUGCGGUUCUUUUUUUCAACAUUUUCCCGAAACUCUAAAUUCGUGUUCAAUGUAGGUAGGUAUGUAUUUAAGUACCGCGAGUUGUGGUGGUGAAUUCGUCCCUCGAGCCUCGUCGUAGAUGUUAGUAAGCGUCCUCAUAAUCCCUGCAUAAGGCAGGUCGAAGUGGAAAGUCUUGGCCGAGUUUUUCAAGUGUUUUCUCAUACCUACACGCGAAGAAGGGGUGCCCCUGAGGAUAUUCUCAAAAUAUGAAAUCAUUUAUUCAUGCAUCUACGUUAUACUACCAUCUGCGAAUAUGCGAUCAGAAUAGAUAAAUAUAGUUUUCAAUCAGCAUCGGCAUCGGAAUCCGCGAUUCUACUGAACGUACGGGGUAACUUCUACGCAAUAUAUUUACACGUACUAUACGUACACCGAAGGGAAUCGCCAUUUGUUCGGUUCACUGAACAUGAUAAUUAUAUUCUUAUACAACGAUAUCCGUGCGCGCUACGCGAGAUUGGUAUGGAAUUAUACGAGGAGUAGUUUGUUCUCCAUACUAUACGAGAUUACACGAAUAAAUUUUUCCUUUUUGGAAACUCGUUGAAUCCACGAUGGUAACGCAAAGUCAACACGACUUGCUUACCUCUCGAUAUCCCGAAUUAGGUAGCAGCACGUCGUGAUGGAUGACCGCGAUUAUUACAGGCGAAAAAAAUCAGAAACGGGUGUCAAUUUCGCACUGAGACAAACCCGCAACGGACUGCAAACACUUUUAUGGUAUCGAAAGCGACGGAAUAACCAUCUAUCUAUAAAGCCACCUAGGUAUGUGCCGGUUGAUGUAUAUGAUACAUAGGUGAAUGUCGGUUCGCAGUAUCGCGGGUUAUAGAUAUAUGUAGAUAGCGAUGUAGAGGAAUCUGUUUUCAAUAGAAAAUCCCACUAGGGGUGGUCCGGUCCACUCGUCGAACAUCGAGCCCGGAGUUUCAAUUUCCGCAUGGCCCAUCGUAUUGUCUGAUAAACAUCUAGCCGAUCUAGUCAUUAUUGGUCUACAACCCUGCGGUACGCCCGCGGCUACCCAUCCGUCCUCUGCUAUUCGCUUUUUACAUUCCAUGUAAAUUUCCGGGUACGGAGAGUCGGAGGUGUAUCACCUCUAAUAUGAGAGCGCCAUAUGCCCGCAUCGUCCGUUGACUCACGUACCCCCUGGUAUUUUCAUGGCACGCCUGCACUUCGAAUCAGUGUCACGAUGUCGAUAUACGCUUCGAAUAAUUUUGAUCAUCCCGCAGGUUCGCAGGUUCUCUUCAAUCGGUUCAUUGUAGAUACCAUCUUACGACGAUUGGCGAACCUCUGGACCCUCUCAACGUCACAGUACUGUCCUCGAUGACUCCGUUAUCACUCGAUAAAACUUAUUGGGAGAUGAAAUCCAAUAAGAAUAACGUCAAGAGCUACAACGAUUCCACGGAAACGCAUCGUGGUAAAAAAUCUAGAAGAAGUGGCAACGAUGUGGUAUCAAAAAACAUUACGAUGGUUCUGGAGAACUUGUUAAAAAACUACGAGAAUAGCCAACUCCCAACUCAUGGAAAAGGAGCACCCACAGUUGUACGAACGAACAUACUGAUCAGAAGUAUGGGACCUGUAUCGGAACUCGAUAUGGACUAUUCCAUGGAUUGUUAUUUCCGACAGUAUUGGCGAGAUUCGCGGCUGAGUUUUUUGGGGCCGAUAAAAUCUCUGAGUCUUAGCAUUAAAAUGUUAGAGAGAAUCUGGAGACCAGAUACUUACUUUUACAACGGCAAACACAGCUACGUCCACACGAUAACCGUGCCGAACAAACUAUUGCGCAUCUCUCAAGACGGUGACAUCCUCUACUCCAUGAGGCUAACGAUAAAGGCGAAGUGCCCAAUGGAAUUGAGAAACUUCCCGAUGGAUCGUCAAUCUUGUCCACUGAUUUUAGGAAGCUGUAAUUCAAAAUUAUUAUUAAAAAAUUUUACCGAAACAGGAUUUUUGCAAAUGAAACUUUUUCUAGACGCUUACACCUCGAGGCAAUUGGUGUACGAAUGGCAACAGGGUGCUUCGGUCAACUUUGUUCCGGGUAUGGCGCUCUCUCAAUUUGACCUGAUGGGCUCACCUUACCGAAACUUGACGUUCGCCAGACGAGAGGGGGAGUUUUCGGUAUUGCAGGUGUCUUUCAACCUGCAACGUCAUACGGGUUAUUUCCUCAUCCAAGUUUACGUACCAUGUGUGCUAAUCGUUGUGCUCAGCUGGGUAUCGUUUUGGAUUCAUCGGGAAGCGACCAGCGACCGUGUGGGGCUGGGCAUAACGACAGUACUAACACUGUCUACUAUAAGUUUGGAUUCACGCACCGACUUACCAAAAGUUAAAUACGCCACUGCCCUAGAUUGGUUUCUGCUCAUGAGCUUCGGUUACUGUAUCGCUACACUUCUGGAAUUUGCCGGUGUCCAUUAUUUUACCAAGAUCGGCAGCGGAGAAAUUUCAAUCGACGAAGAUGAUUGGGAUGAUGAUAUGGCAAAUAUUCUCAACACGCCGAUCACGGAAUCCUGCGGUUUACAGGCCGUUCAUUCAGCGUCCUCUAGACGUCGGGGUUCCCUCAUUUGUCCUAUUUACAACAAUCCUGUGGGCUGUACUUAUGGAUUAGGGAUGAACGGAUCUCCACGAGGAACUCCUAAACUUACGACGAUGGAAAGGCAAACACAGACUGAACUGAGAUUGCCGAAAUGGCGACAGUUUCUCUAUUGUUUGGCCGGUGACGAUGGAUUCAGACGUCGCAGGCAACGAGAGGCUGCGGCAGAAGGUCAUCACCGCCCUGGAGAACGCGCCGAAAGGCACAUUAAUAGUGUUUCCUACAUCGACAGAGCAGCCAGGGUUUGCUUUCCCGCCUCAUUUGGGGUACUCAACGUCUGUUACUGGGUCGUUUACGUGACAUAUCAGGAAGAAUUCAAGUGGCAGGAUCCGCCGAUUGCAUUUUUCAAUCAUUGAAGCGCAUCUCGCACAUGUUGCGUCACUAUAAUUAUACCAUUCAACUCGUAAGAAACUCGAUUAAUUGAUGCUGCAAAUGUACGUACAUACAUGCGCACAUCCAUGUCAUAUUUGGUAUACGUACAUGUAUCAAACACACGCUUACCUGUAUGCUUGAAACUUAUAUUAGAUAGAAUAAAAUAGGCUGCAAAACAACCGCAUUAUGAUGUGCAAACAUAUGAUAUUCGAACCUGAUUCCUAAAAUAAAUUUCUGUUUCCAUCUAGUAAGAUUAUUGCGCACUUAUCAGUUCAAUUUCACAUUAUGUGCUAUGUCGUCUAGAUAAACAAGAAAGCAUAUACACCUUGUACAAUAUUGUGUAAACUGUGUAUUUGCCCAUAGAUGUAUGAAAUUUCACGCGUAGAUUAUUAUGAUCACAGAUACUGUUAACAGUUCUACACUAUGUAUGACGAUUGAAAAAAUAAUUCGAAUUAACCGAAUAAAAUACCAAGUCACGCUUCA